AUGGCUGAGGUAAAUCUGUCUGCGUCUCUAUCCAAGCGAAGCCGUUCGACGGAUAGCAGAGUGUCGGCUGGCCAGUGUUCAGAAUCGUCGGAUACGGAUUGUAAAUCUGUGCUGAACAAAGGGGGGCCUGAGAUUCCUUCAUACCUUAAGCAGCCAGCUCAAUAUGUGCGUGAUAAGUUUAGCGACCUGGAAUGGAUGGAGCGACACCGAAGAGCUGCAGGCGCCUUGUCGCAAGAUCCCUCUCAUAGAUGGACGUUAGACACGAGUCCACAGGUGAAGGCGCGGAAUCGCUACGGAGACGUGCAGGCGUGGGAGAAUUGUCGAGUUCAUCUCAAGGUCCCGCCUGGAGCAUGCGAUUUCAUUAACGCCUCCCCCAUCGUGCUAAAAGACCCAGAGACUGAAGGAGAGUAUAAAUACAUUGCAAGCCAGGGCCCAAAGCGCGAUCGGCUUGCCGAUUUUUGGAAUAUGAUUUACUAUGAGGCAGGUGAAGUUGCUGUCUUGGUUAUGCUCACCCAAACAGUCGAAUCCGGAAAGGAAAAAUGUGCUCAAUAUUUCCCACAGGAUAUGGAAAAUCCUACGUUUGAAUUUUCCUCGUGGAGAGCGGAUCAACCUGUUGGUAGCGAUGAUGCAACUCCCCCAGACGGCUAUUUUUCUGGCUCAGUGACCCUUUUAAACACGACAUAUGAUGAAACAAUACGCUCCCAUGUUAGCGAGCUUGAGCUUCGCGUUGGCUCAAAUACCAAAACGGUAUGGCAUUUCCUCUUCGCCGGAUGGUCCGACUAUGGAACUCCCGAGGGACCUGAUCGAGAUGCCCUCCUCAAUCUUAUGUCAGUCACAGCAGAAAAAGCCCAAUCGUUUUCCAAUCCCAGAAUUGUGCACUGCAGCGCUGCUGCUGAAGGAAACUGA